GCGCAUGCGCCAUGCGGUCAGUGUGUGUGUAGACGGCAAAGGCGUGCGCACGCGUUCCAAGAUUCAAUUCGAUUUCAAGACAACUAAAUCAAAAUGCGAUUAAUCGUCGUGAUUGCCCUUUUGGGCGCUGCAGUGGCGAAGGAGAGUGACUGGCAGCCGAUCUUGCCGGAUACUUCGGUGAUGUUCUCAACGUAUCACACGCCCGAAAGGUCUUUAGAUACCAGUCCACAACUCAAGAUAGUGAACCGAAGACCAGUUCAUCCACAAUUUGGAUCUGGUAACAAAGUCAGCCUCUUCAACCCUGCCAGCCAAAUGUCUGAUACCUGCAGCAUCCACAAGGUUUCCAUGAACCAGGAGCUCUUCUUUCAGUACAUGGAAUACGAGAAAGAAAUACCUGACCUCAAGGAGUUUACUCUUUGCAUGUGGACCAAGUUUCACAAUCACUCUGGCGAUCAUCCUCUGUUCUCUUAUGCUGUCGGAGAAAACCCUAGGGAAAUAUCAGCCUGGAUAUCAAACACUGAGGAGGCGAGUUAUUUCAGCAUGGCUGUCCAUGGACAAACUUUCUUCAGGCUGAAUUAUCCACUAAAGCUGAACAUAUGGUAUCACUCCUGUCAGUCAUGGAACGGAAAAACUGGCGAGUGGCAAAUUUGGGUGAACGCUGAACGCGUCGGCAGAGGAUUCAACAACAGACUCGUCGGUCACAUCAUAAAGGGAGGCGGUUUGGCAAUUUCUGGCCAGGACCAGACACUGCUCUACAAAAAAGAUAAUAUUGAACCAGUUGCAAGACAAUCCGGUUUCAUGGGUGAAAUCACAAUGCUCCAGUUGUACCACGUUGCUUUAACGGCUGGCAAGGCUCACAAGGACCACAAACAUCACCACGUACAUCACUUCAAGCACGACGGAACUCCUAUUGAGUCUUCAACUGAGCCAGCGACUGAACCCCCACCACCACAAGCUACUCCCCUCGGAAAUGGAAACUUCUUGAUCGGUGGCCAGCUGCAAAGAGCACCUUCCUUGAACUUGGCGGGAGCUCAGCAAAUGGUGCCUGUGCAGCUUCCCAACGGCCUUCAACUUCAGCAAGAGUAUAUCAACGGGCAACUGUCAAACAAGCUCGUCUCGGAACAGCUAUUGAACAGCGUUCAGCCUGUGCCUAAUCAAUUGGGUGCUGGAGCUCCAAUUCCUCUGUCAUCUCUUGGUCAGCUUGGACAGAGUCAAGGCUUCCCUAGGUCACCCAUUGGUCCAUCUAAGGGUACGACUGUGGUAUUAUCUGGUUCUCUGUUGAACCCUGCCAAUGUGAAAUACAUUGAUGACACUGUCUCCCACAAUUUGUUCAAGAGGAAUUCCAAGCGAGACAAGAGAGACAACCCUGAGAAGGAAUUGAAGGAAGAACGUGCUCCUGGAAAGAAAGACAAAAGAGGUUUAGUAGCAUUGUCCGAUGGGUCAAUUGUUGACGAGGCUUUGUUGAGCACAGACCUGAUUGAUGACAACAAGGAGGAUGAAGCCCUGUUCCAACAGUCCCUCCUGAAUGGACUUGCCGGGUUCGUCGGAAACCUACCCGUGCAGAAUUUGCAAAAAGAAACUGUCGAUGAGAGAGAACCUGCUGAAGCUGAGGUAAAGGCAGUGAUGCAGGUCUGCAGCGGUUGUGCCCCUGAGCCCUUCAAGAAGGCCCUCGUCAUUUCCUGGAGGUCGACCCCGAAGAAACUCUACAGCGGCGCCCAUUACUACAAAGGUUUACCCAUCUGCCGAGCCUUCUAGCUUAAUCUCGAUUAUACUAUUAUGUACAAAGUAUAGCCCUUAUUAACCUUCUGUAAGUAAUCCUGCGUACGCAACAGUAAAUUGACAGAUUCUAAUAGAAUUGUACAUACAUUUAUUUUAAGCAAGUUAUAUUAAUAUGAGUCCACUGAAUCCAUAGUUUAGUAGCAGAGGCAAACUCAUGCCGUUCUAGAAUAAGCAAUGAUUUUCGAAGGACUUUACCUGUACGUUAAACGCCAUUUAUUUUAAGUGUUAAAUCUAUAAUAAUAUUUUUAGUUUUAUAUAAAAAUCAACAAUUUUAUUGAUUGAGGCUGCCAGGCGUUUGUCUGGGACGUAUAAAUUAGUCAUUGGGUUGAAACACGUUGUGUGGAUAUUAUUUAUUGUAGUUUUAAGAGUGCAUUCAAUCGUUACAAGAGGUUUUAUCCUUAGAUUUUAAGCUCACCUUACCGAUUUGUUACCAUUUUUUAAAAUAAAUCUUUAA